AUGCUCCGAUCGUGGGCGGCUCGUUCUCGAACACGUGAUGACGAUGUUCAGCCAGCUGAAAAAAAGAGGAGAUACGAGGAAGACCAAUCGGAGACGACCCCAGCCGACCAGCCAACUUCUUCACUCAGACGGUCAGAGAAAGCUAAGAAGUUGUGCCUCCUCAGAGACAGAGAGACUUGUCUGAUUACUAAUGCUUCAGAGCCCAUUGAAGCAUGCCACAUAUUUCCCUCUGCCAUGGGAAUGCCAACUGGGGAUGCAAAGUCAAUUUUUUGGGGAACUGUCUCCAUUUUCUGGACCACAGCGCAAUUGACAAAUGGAAAGAUAAAGUCUUUGGAGAACAGCGGACAGAGGUUGUCGAGAAUUUGA